CUGACCAUUCCGAGGUAAGUUGUGAAACCUGACCAUGUCACAAGACACCAGAGACGCUAGAUCAGGAAAUGCGAAAAAGCAUGUGCCCACUUUACUCAAGCCUUACCAGGAAGAAAAUACAAUGAAGUUGAAAAUCCAGACUCUGUUUGUCGUCAUAACUGUCGUCUCGCUCGUAGUGACAGCUGUGAUUUUAUACAGCUUCAACAAACAGCUUCAUUUCUUCGCGCUGAGACUGUCAAGCCGAAGCCCAUCCCCUCCCCACAUAGUCUUCAUUGUGGCAGACGAUCUCGGAUGGAGUGACGUCAGCUGGCACAAUCCAAACAUGAUCACGCCAAAUCUCGAGAAGCUUGCGAGAAGUGGAUUGAUCCUCAAUUACUCCUAUGUUGCGCCUCGGUGUUCGCCUACAAGAGCUUCACUAAUGACAGGAUAUUAUCCCCAUAGAAUAGGACUUCAGUAUCAAGUGAUCAACCACGGUGAUAGGUCACUUCCACUUUCAUUUGAUAUAUUACCCCGUAAGCUGAAAAACUUGGUUUACGCCACGCAUAUAGUAGGCAAGUGGCACCUCGGACUGUGCAGUUGGAAGCACACUCCUACCUUCAGAGGGUUCGACUCCUUCUUCGGUUAUUACAGCGGGAGGGAGGACUAUUACACCCAUAAAAUAGGUAAGAUAUACGAUUUUAACUUCAACACUAAAGUUUAUAAUGAUACGCAACAACAGUAUUCGACUUUUCUCUUCCGUGAUCGAGCGGUUGAUAUAAUCCAACAGCACAACCCAUCAGUGCCAUUGUUUCUGUAUCUACCCUUCCAAGCCGUCCAUGGAACUCUCCAGGUACCUCCAAAAUACUCAAAUAUGUAUUCCCAUCUGAAUCGCAAUCGCGCUACCUAUAGCGGAAUGGUGACAGCUAUGGAUGAAGCCAUCGGAGACGUGGUCAGUGCGCUAGAAAAAAGAGGUCUCUCAGACAAUCUUCUGUUGGUCUUCCUCAGUGAUAAUGGCGGCCGACCGCUUAAAGGUGGAUAUAACUGGCCGUUGCGUGGAAUAAAAAAUACCCUCUGGGAAGGUGGGACGAGGGCAGUUAACUUUGUGUACAGCAAAACCCUCUUAAAAGACUCCAGUUCUGUGAGCAAUCAUUUGAUGAACGCUGCCGACUGGCUCCCAACCUUUCUGGCAGCUGCCGGAAGCAAGCACGUCGACCUUGACAUUGACGGCGUUAACCAAUGGGACGUCAUCAGCAAAGGAGCACAACCAGUAAGGUCAGAGCACGUGUACAACAUUGAAGGAAGGGCUGCGAUUCGUGUUGGGAAAUACAAACUCAUCAAAGGAGAUCCUGGCUUCCAGUUGGGUGAACAUCAACCUGUUUUUGAUUUCAUAGGUAGGGGUAGAAGGACUGCAAAUGGCUGGAUAGCUCCGGAAGACAUCGGGAGCGAGAAGACCAGGUUUGGAAAACCUAUAGCAAAGAGGUAUGGUCUUUUUAAUCUACACGAAGACCCCUUGGAGGAACAUGACAUUUCUGAGGACUUCCCUGACAUUGUGGAGAAGCUUAUUGGGAGACUGCAUCACCAUAUGAAUCUGUCUGUUCCCUAUGUUAAGAGUACACCGAUGACUAAAGAGUACAGUAGGCUGAAUGUAAUGAUUCCAGGAUGGUGCGAUGAAUGA